UUUUACAAUCCCACCAGCAGUGUAUAAGAGUUUCAGUCUCCCCACAACCUUGCCAGCAUUUGUCGUUUUCUGUUUUUUUGAUCAGUACUAGUUUUCUAGGGGUGAAAUAUUAUCUCAUUGUAGUUUUGAUUUGCAUCUCUUUAAUGGCUAAUGAUUGCAAGCAUCUCUUUAUGUGUUUGUUAGCUGCCUGAAUGUCCUCUUUGGUGAAGUGUCUGUUCAUGUCCUUUGCCCAUUUUUUGAUUGGAUGACUCAACUUAUAUUGUGAGAAGGUGGUGGGGCUGAGGAUUGGAUGGUUUGAACUUCCUGCCAGUACCAAAGGAGACAGCACCUGGGCUUUCUUAUCAGCCUGCCCAAAUUUGGGAAAGAAGGGGGGGCUUGAAAGCUGUUAGCAAUCAAACAUUAAAAAAUGGAGUCAGACUAUCACACUAGAUAAUCAGAUCAGUGACAUUAUUAGGACAAGGCUAAAGUUGGCGGCAGAAGGAGUCCUGGCAGUGCAGUGAUUGAGUGCUUAGCGCUGCUAACAGAAAGGUUGGCAGUUCAAACCCAUCUGGCAGCUCUUCGGGAGAAAGACCUGUGAUCUGCUUCCGUAAAGAUUACAGCCUAGGAAACCUUAUCUCUGUCACAUGGCAUCUCUAUGAGUCAGAAACCAUUUGAGGGCACUCAACAGCAACACUAAAGUUGGGGUGAGCAAUUGAUUUUUGUAAAACAGUACAUCAAUUGAACAAAUCACCCAAAUUCUAUCACAGGUGGCCCAGAGAGAUGGCAGGAAUUGUGUGGAUGGUGACAGAAGACUGAGAUCUGGCAGCCAUUGAUGUUGAGUAUCCAGCCUGGAAUUCGAGACUGGAAAUGAUAGCUCAGAAUAUUCCUGAGGAAGAAGAACUAUCCUGUGACAUGGAAAUGGAAGGAUUUACAAGAGAAGGACCCUGUUUCUUUCCUGUAGGUGAUGAUUGGGAUUGCAAGAACCAGAAGGGACAUUUGAGACAAAUGGCUUUAACUCAAGAUAAACCAGGGACUCAGAAAGCCAUCUAUGAAUAUCCUGGAUUCAAGGCAUAUCUGAAUAUAGGCUCAGACCUUCCGCCAUCUCAGAUAGUGCCCACAACAAAUGGUUUCCAUGUACAUGACUCAGAUAUUACAGGUUUAGAUUGUAACCCAGCUUAUGCAGCUAAGAGAACAGGUGAAAGUGAUGCCUGUGGAAAAGCCUUCUGCCAGUCCAUUGACAUUAUUCAAUUUGGAAGAAACCAAACGAGAGAGAAACCCUAUAAAAACCCUGAAAGUGUUUCAUCUUUCAACCAUUUUACCUCCCUUGGUGAACAAAAAAUAAUGAAAAGAGACAAGAAACUCUUUGAAGGUAAGGACUUUGGGGACAUCUUUGCCCUGAGUUCAUCUCUUAAUCAAAACGGGAGGAGUCACCUUGGAGAGAAACUGUAUAAAUGCACUGAAUGUGGCAAAUGCUUCAAACGGAACUCUUCUCUUGUUUUGCAUCACCGAACUCACACUGGAGAGAAACCUUAUACUUGUAAUGAGUGUGGAAAGUCUUUCUCCAAGAACUACAACCUGAUUGUGCAUCAAAGGAUCCAUACAGGAGAGAAACCCUAUAAAUGCAAUAAAUGUGGGAAAGCCUUCAGUGAUGGGUCAGCUCUGACACAGCAUCAGAGAAUUCACACUGGGGAGAAACCUUACGAAUGCCUAGAAUGUGGAAAAACCUUCAACCGAAAUUCAUCCCUUAUUUUACAUCAAAGAACUCACACAGGGGAAAAACCAUAUAGAUGUAACGAGUGUGGGAAACCCUUCACUGACAUUUCCCACCUCUCUGUGCAUCUCAGAAUCCAUACAGGGGAGAAGCCCUACGAAUGUAGCAAAUGCGGAAAGGCAUUCCGAGACGGUUCAUACCUUACCCAGCAUGAGAGGACUCACACUGGAGAGAAGCCGUUCGAAUGUGCGGAGUGUGGCAAAUCCUUCAACCGCAACUCUCAUCUCAUUGUGCAUCAGAAAAUCCAUUCUGGGGAGAAACCAUAUGAAUGUAAAGAGUGUGGGAAAACAUUCAUUGAGAGCGCUUACCUCAUCAGGCACCAGAGGAUUCAUACUGGCGAGAAGCCCUAUGGCUGUAACCAGUGUCAGAAACUUUUCAGGAACAUUGCCGGCCUCAUCCGCCACCAGAGGACUCAUACUGGUGAGAAGCCCUAUGAGUGUAAUCAGUGUGGCAAAGCUUUCAGGGAUAGUUCCUGUCUGACCAAGCAUCAGAGGAUUCACACUAAAGAGACCCCAUACCAGUGUCCAGAAUGUGGCAAAUCCUUCAAGCAGAACUCUCACCUGGCAGUACACCAGAGACUCCAUAGCAGGGAGACUCCCAGCCAGUGUCCUCAGUGUGGGAAAAUGUUUAGGAGGAGCUCAUCCCUCAUCCGACAUCAAAGAACACAUCUUGGAGAGAAACCCAUAGAAAUACAACAAACUCUUAUCACUCAUUAUCAGAAAUUUGCGUAAAGAAGGCAGAUCUUCAGAUGUGAUUUCUCCCUGGCUAGAAAAGAAAUCUUCAAGUUUUUCAUUGAAUUGAUGAAUGUGAGACAUUUCUUAGUCACAUUGUUAAGUCUAUAAUUGGGGAAAUUUUAGUAAAAAUAUAAGAUGAUAAUAAAUGUGGAAAAGGCCUUCAGGGAUGAUUCAGCCUGUACCAAACGUGAUAGCACAUACACUGGAAUAAAACCUGUCUUGUGAACAUGAGGAAGAUACUUCCCCAGAGACACCUGCCCACGUCUGCAUCAGAGCGCUUUAAGUAGAAAGAACCUGUAAAAUGUAUUCAGUAAGGAAUUGGUAUGAAGAAUCUUCUAGUAGGGAGUUGUCACCUUAUUGUACAUCAGCAAGCUCUUACUAGAAUCAAACCUUGUAAGUGUAGUUAGUGAGAGAUGCUUUUGGCAAGGGCUCAUAUUGUCCUUUCUGUAUCAGCAAAGGCAUACUGCUGAGAGAGCCUCUACAAUGUUCCACCCCACAGUAACCACAGAAACCUUGUUUUGAAUGUUAUUUUUGAACAAAAUACCUGCUUGUGUUAUAGUGCUGCCAGAGUGCUGAAAAGUCAUUUCACAAGGGGCAAUUGGAUGAGGAGGUUGCUUGUGAAUGACCAGUGAAGUCAUUCCUUUUAAGAAAAGAC